GCGAAACAGCGCGCAGGCGCAGCCCCGCCUCAUCCUUCCCGCCAAUCGCCGGCUGUGGGGCCUACUGUGGGCUGCGGCGCACCGGGCCGUCCUGUCGCCCGGCGGCCGGUAUGGCGGCAGGGCGCGUGUUGCGACUGGGCGGCCGAUGGAGCUUGGCGUCAGGCGGGCCCAGCGCCCAGACAUUGAGGCUAAUCUAUACCACCACAGCUGCAUGGAGGAAAAACGUAGCAACCUCAGGACCUGAAAAAUACACGGAGGCAUUUAUUAAGAAACAAAUUGAAGAGUUCGACCUAGGAAAGAGACAUUUAGCCAACAUGAUGGGAGAGGAUCCAGAAACUUUUACCCAAGAGGAUAUUGAUAGAGCUAUUGCCUAUCUCUUUCCUUCGGGCUUAUUCGACAAACGAGCCAGACCAAUGAUGAAGCAUCCCAACGAAAUUUUUCCAGAACAGAGGAAAAUCCAGUGGGGAGAAGAUGGCCGUCCAUUUCACUUUCUCUUUUACACUGGCAAGCAAUCGUAUUACUCAUUAAUGCAUGAAACAUAUGAAAAACUACUAAAUGUUCAGAGACAUCAAGACCAACUGGCUGCUCAGGGCUUUUCUCUGCAGAAGGAGAAGAAAAACCUGGUUGGCAGCAGAUGGGUGACUAAGACGGAAUUGGAAGGAAUGUUGUUAGAAAAACUGUCAGAUGAUGAUUACUCAAGGUUUAUUCGACUCUUAGAAAAAUUGAUGACGUUGCCAUGCGGUGACAUCGAGGAGAAUUAUAUUAAAAAGUUUUCCAAAGAAAUUGCUGUGCAGUUGCAAAAAGUAUCUAUUGAGCCCUUGAAGUAUGAUGAGCAAGGAGUGGCCUUCAGCACUGGUGAAGGUGUGAGAAAAACAUCAAGAGCUACUGCAGUAGUUUAUGGCAGUGGGACUGGAAAAGUUACAGUGAAUGGAAUAGAUGUUUUACGUUACUUCCCAGUCCUGCAGGACAGAGAACAGUUGUUGUUCCCUUUCCAGUUUCUAGACAGAAUUGGAAAGCAUGACACAAUUUGCACAGUCUCUGGUGGAGGAAGAUCAUCACAGGCUGGAGCAAUACGUUUAGCCACUGCAAAAGCCUUGAGAAGUUUUGUGACUGAAAAAGAAGUGGAAUUUAUGAGACAAGCUGGGCUGCUGACAGUUGAUCCACGUGUGAAGGAGCGGAAGAAGCCUGGCCAAGAGGGAGCACGACGAAAGUUCACCUGGAAAAAGCGAUAAGUCUGAGUAUUUCAGGAGAGGCAGAAUGCUCCAAGAAUUUCAAAGCAUAUAGCAAAUCACGAUUUAAAACUGUGGGAUAAUAUAUUUAACAAUAAAGACUUUUUACAGUUAAAAAUAGCGUGUUCUCUACUUAAGCAUCAACAAAUAGCUUUCUUAAAAUUAAUUUUAAAUCAUUGAAAAUUAUCACACAAUUUGUUGAAAUAACAAAUUCUGAGCGCCGGCUUUCUAGCUCUACUGAAGUCAAUAACAGUUUGUGAAACUGUUGGUGGAUUGUACAUUUUUGGAAAAUGAACCUGCUCAUUUAGUGACUCAGCUAUCAAAGUUCUGGAAUUAGGCAGCUCCUAAACAGGUGUUGGCUGAGUGUUGAAGUGCCUUCCUUUUUGCAUCUCAGGUAUGUGAGGAUAAGUGAUCCACAGAACUCAACCUAAGCUGUGGUGGAGUUGAGGAAACUACUUAGAAUGACACUGACAGCUGUUGAGGGGAUAUUAAUAGGGAAACAUUCGCAAAGGCUAACUGCUGAUGGUGGAAACUGCCUCCAGGAUACUCCCCAGAGUUAAGGAGGAAGUGAUUCAUAUUAAGCAUCUAAUUUUAGGUGCUCUGAAUCACCCUCUGGAGGAGUCAGGGUUUUUUCUUCCAUCAAACGCAAAAGCAGCUAGUGGGGUUAGGCUGAAGUUAAUCUUCUCCACCCUUUCAAAUCUCAGGGGAUCCGAUCAAAGAGGCAAGUUCUGAAUAUGGCUAAAUGCACAAAGAUAACAUUGGAGUCUUUGCCAAAUCCAGUCAGAAUUUUCUUUUUUUUUAAAUCAGAAGCAGGAGGUGAUGACAGUGCAGCCCACCUCCUGUCUAUAAUUGUACCCUGCCAAAAUAGAUCAGCACAAAAUUUUGGUUUGUUUCCAUCUUCCUUCCUGGGACAGAGGUCAAAUACACACAGCUUCCAGGAAAAGCAUAUCUUUCAUCUUUCCCAUAUGAACUGGGCUACAGUGGAAAAGAAAACAGUGUUCAUCAAGCCAGGGGAAAGCAGACAAGAAAUACCUCUCGGUAACUCUAACAACAGGGCCCUCUCUAAGUUUCUCUGAGUAUGAUGAGAACACAGCCCUUCCUCACGUUUGCUGUAGAUACCAAAACAUUACACCUCAGUGAUAACAGAAGUUGCUCGCAGAGCAUGGAAGCUGAUAAAUAGCUGAGUGAUCUGUGUUGGGCCAUUGUUUUCCCAAAGUGCCGUUCAAGAGGCAGCAGCAAACACGUAGAUCUCUCGGGCUGAAUAAAAGAGAGCAGGGUGCAUCCUUGACAGGUGUGUUUCUGAUUGCUUCCAUAGAGCCACUUCACUUAUAUUUGUUUAUUGAGAAUGCUCAGUAAACUUGGGUUUGAUUUCUCUCUAGGGUCACUGAUAGGUUUCACAUCACUAAAGUAGUUGAUCUCAUUCAAAAUAUGUGAUUUAUUCAAGCUGAAUUUAACAGCUGAGACAGUUCACCUGAUUCUUUGACAAGCAAGUUGAGGCUAAAUGAGAAGUGUUUUACACUAGUGGAAAUGGAAAACGCUUUAACUAGCCUUUCUGCUAAUUUAAUUCCAAAUUGUUCAUGUAUUGCAUGAUAAUGUGACUUUUAAUAAAAGCAUUCAGUAAAUACCCAUUCUAAGACAGGAAUGUAAGGAUUCUUUUGAUGUGAAUACCAAGUGUUUACAUUGCACACCACGUGCUUACGUACACACCAAAGCAUGUGAACUUAAAGGUGUUAGCUGCACCUAUAUAAAAAAUAAUAAGAGAAUAAGAGGCAAGAAUCUUGUGUUUUAAAGACAAGUAAGUAUGACAAAUCAUUUUUCAGCUACCUAAGUAUUAGGCAGUAAAGCUGUAAGAAUGACAUACUUGAAACGUGAAAAUGUUUUCUGACUGCAGGAAAUAAGGAGGAAAUGAGCAGCCUGUACUUUGUGGUCAUUGCACACUGUGGUUCAUAUGGAUUUGAUUGUUUUUUUUUUUCUCCCCUCCACCACACUGAUGUUUUGCUUUGGGGUAAACUACCAAAGUUGGCUCCAAGUCCAAUAGAAUGUAUCAAUGCAAUUGAUUUCUAGUAGUUUACCUUCUGACUGGUUCCCACAGUACAGAGAAACUAGAGAUAUUUGUAUUGGUGCUGCUGUUUCACCACAAGAUGGAGCAGUUUGCAACCUAAUGAAAGUAGCUGCUUUCAGAAGUGCUGUGUAUGCACUUGGAAAAUAAACGAUGAAGGAUCUUCCCUAUAAAUACUGAUUUGUAUAGCUACAGAUUAAUAUAAAAACAGUGGAAUUGGGUUUUUGAAGUGUAGAUUCAUAUUUCAAAGAUUUUUUUUCUGCUGAUAAGGGAUAUAAAUUUGAGUGCAAAAUAAUACAUGUGUGAGAAUGCUGUUUUUUAGAAAUCUAAUUUCAGUGACUAAAACUGGAGAGUUUUGAUGUUAUUCUGGUAGUGCGUAGCCAUAAUCUUGAUAUGUUGUGGAGCACAGGGAUUUUACAAUACUGCUGAUGUAAUGUGAAAGAUGAGGAAAUUUCUCCUUAAACAAACUAACAGCAUCUGAUGCAAGUUUUUCGUCAAAGCUUGUGUUUAAGUUAUGGUUCAGCCUCUUCUUCAAAGCCUAAAUUGGAGGAGACCUCGUUCUGACCUUCCAGUGCUCGAUGGGAGCUUAUAAGCAGCAGAGGGACCAACUUUUUACAUGGGCUGUGAGGGAUAGCACAAGGGGAAAUGGCUUUAAACUAAAAGAAAGGAAAUUUAGGUUAAAUGUUAGGCAGAAAUUGUUUACUGAGUGGGCAGAGAGGCAGUGGCACAGCUGCCCAGAGAAGCUGUGGUGCCCCAGCCCUGUAGGUGCUCAAGGCCAGGUUGGAUGGGGCCCUGGGCAGCCUGAGCUGGUGGGGGGCAGCCCUGCCCAUGGCAGGGGUUGGUCAUGGCUGGGCUGUGAGCUCCCUUCCAACCCAAACCAUUCUGUGAUAACAGAGCAGGGAAUACUUUUACUACUUCUUUCUAGAUUUCUGUCUGAAAGCCAUGAGCAGUGAAUGAUGGUCAGAAUUCAGAGGAUGCUGUAAUAGUGCGUGGGAAAAAUAGACUGUCGUUGAAAAGUGAAGCCCUUUUAUUUCACUUCAUUUAAUACUUAUUUUCUUUGGGAAGUAUUUGAUGAUGAUACACAAUGAGCUAUAUACAUACUUUUCAAGUCAUCAGCAACAUAUUUAUUAUUAUUACUAUUUUCCUGUUUCAGUAUUAAAUAGAAAUCAACCUAAACAGAAAAUCACAAGAAGAUCAUUUUCUUUGUGAAUGUUACAGAUGCUGUGAUGAAUUAAUUCAUUCAGUCAUGAUUUAUCUGUACUGUUGUUUUUCCUAGAUAUUUUGAUCUUUUAGAGAAAUGAAUACGUGUAAGCUGAUAGAACUACAAUUAAGAGCAGUUUAAUUUUAGGCACUAUAAAACUGCAUACCAAUUUCUGGCAAUUUAUCUGAAUAUUUGUUAGGUAUACGAGUAGUAUGAGAUUGCCAAUUGGUAAUUCAUCUGUACAAUUUCUUUAAUAAAAUCCUCACAUCCAUAGAA